GGGACGCGGCGUCCCCGCCCCACUGUGCCGCGGCGCUGGCGGCUGCGGCGGGGCUCGGGGCUCGGCCGGUGAAGCGGGGCGGCUCUCGCGGGAGGCGGCGCCGCCGCCAUGGGGGUGCACGGCGUCAAAGCGGUGUUCUUCGACUUGGACAACACGCUGGUCGACACGGCGGCUGCCGGGCGGCGCGCCAUUGAGGAGGUGAUCAGUGCCCUACAGUCGAAGCACCACUACGGGGAGGGGGAGGCCCGCGUCAUCUGCGACAAGGUCCAGGCCAAGCUGCUGAAGGAAUGCCACGACCCCGCCAAGAUGUGCAUCACCGACCUGCGGAUUUCGCACUGGGAGGAGGCGAUCCAGGAGACCAUCGGCGGGGAGGCGAACCGAAACCUGGCCGCCGAGUGCUACUUCCUGUGGAAAAGGACCCGCCUGCAGCACCUCACCCUGGCCGAGGACACGCGGGGCAUGCUCACCGAGCUGCGGAAGGGCGUCCGCCUGCUGCUCUUGACGAACGGCGACAAGCAGACGCAGAGGGAGAAGAUCGAAGCGUGCGCCUGUCAGCCCUACUUCGAUGCCAUCGUUGUGGGAGGAGAGCAGAAAGAAGAGAAACCAGCGCCAUCCAUAUUUCAUUACUGUUGCGACCUCCUAGGGGUGCAGCCUGCAGAAUGUGUUAUGGUUGGUGACUCUCUGGAUACAGAUAUUCAAGGAGGCCUGAAUGCUGGCUUGAAAGCAACGGUGUGGUUAAACAAAGCAAUGACUGCCCCAGGAGAUACCUCGCCAGUACCUCAUUACAUUAUUUCUUCUGUUCUGGAUCUUCCAGCGGUUUUACAGAAGAUGGAGCACAAAGUGAAUGCUAAGUUAGGAACUGACCACGUGGAUGGCAGUAACGCAGCACAUUGAUGGUUCCAGCAUACGAUCAGGGACGUGCUGAGCUGUUAGGUGACUCAUGCACUUUCAACAGAUCUGACCCCCUAGGAUUUUGAACUCAUGUAUGGUAUGCUUUCUUAGACAGCAGAUGGGUGAAUAAGAGCACAGUUGUCAGUGAAAACAGAAUAGAAUCAAAGAUUUAUUUAAAAGAUGCAAGUGAGGUUAACUUAAAACAAUUGCCUCUGUCUAAAUUACUUUGAUAGACUGGCUAAAGUCUGUCUGUUUCAGACCUAAAUUGCCAGUCUCUUGUUUUUAUAGUGGAAAGAAAAAUUUGAAUGUUUUGAUCUUUCAUAUGCUUUACUGACUUGUAAGUUUGCCAGAGGCUUCAGUUCAAACCUUGUUUGCAGUGUGCAAAAGAAGGUGAGGAAAAGGGUGUGGUAUAGUCUGGUAAAUCUUCCCAAUUCAUCUGCAGUUUAUCUCAGGAACUGGAGUGAAUUUUGCUGUUUCUAAAACCAGAAUUUAUUGACAGAAUUUACAUAUCAGACCAUUAGAAAAUGCUCUCCCUUUGAUUUUUUUUCAAAGUUUUCAAGUUUUAGAAUUUUUUCAGACUUUGCAGUGACUUUUCUUUUAUGGAAUCUGUACCUCUUGCCAAAAGUACUUAAAUGUACCUUUAAAAUUUGCAUUUAUAGAGGGGACCAUUUAUCAGAGAAACUUGAUGGAUAAGUUUUUAUUUUAUAUUAUUUUGGUGCUUAUGAAGUUAUGCAGUAUACUUGUAAUUCAGAUUAUGAUAUUUGUUGGAAUGUAAUUGAUAAAACAGGGAUAUUUUCAAUGGUCUUAAUGUAUUGUCAGACUCCUUAAAAGCUAAUUUUAUUGUUUUGUCUGAUUUUAUUAAUGAAUUUUGAUCAGACCUUUUUGAGAAACUGUUUUUGCUCUUGCUCAGGUGUAAGACUACUCAGAUUCAACUGCAGGAUCAGAGCCUUUUUUUGACUGUUUUAAUGACAGUGCUAUACAAUCCCUCCUUACUUCAGUUUCUGCAUGUAUUUCAUGUGCUUUACUCUGGAGAAAAUACGAGCUAGUUGUUUGUGAACAGCUUUCAUGAUUCUCUUCGAGGAAACUGGAAAAUGAUGGCAUAUGUAUUACAGUAUGGUGUGCAACUUUAUAAUGUAUAUGUGCUAUUUCUGUUAGAUGCAGAAGCUUACUCUCUAAAACACUAAGAUUUCUUCUUCCCAGAUUAUUACCUUAAUUAUUUGAUGUUUCUGUACUUCAUACUCUUACUUCAUGAUGGGGAAGUAUUCACAUAUUAAAUGGAAAUGUAAACACUUGCUGGAAAAGCUGUGUGUUUCAAAACGUAUUUGCUAUAUAUACAUUGGGCUGAAUAUCUGACCAUAUCCAAACAAUCAGAUUUUAUGUUUUAGAAUAAAUCCAUGGCAAAUCUUUUGAGAACAGGGAUAUUGAGGUGCUAGCAGAAGUGUGUCUGGCAAGAAAAGAUCAGCAAAAAGCACGAAAGCCUACCAGGAAAUGUGUGUAUAGAAAGAAUACUGUAUACAAGAGAGGUUCCUUUGUUUAACUUGACAUGAAUUUAAGUUAAUGCAGUUAAAUCUUGCACAGGAUGACAGAUUCAGUGUAGAGGAGGCUGUUACUGAUCUGAGUUAAAUUAUUUGGCAAAAAGUUUAUGUUGCAUCAAAAUAUGUUCCUCCUACACUGGGGAGUGACAGGGGAAAGGAACCCCUUUCAUCUAGUUGUCCCUUUAAAAAGGUAAAGCAGUUCAGGUUCCUCAUGCUACCUAGGCAAAAUGUCUGAUCCCGGGACACCUUUGAGGAAGUGGGCGUAUGCUAACAAUGAUCCAGUUAACACUGAUGUAGGAAGCUGCCACAUGUAACCAGAGCCAGUGGGGCUGACUUGACACACCUACUGAAGUAAGAGGCCUAAGUUAAGAUCUUAUUUCCCACUUGGAAGAGCAUGAAAGCGGUCAUUGGUCUAGUGAGUGAGCAAACCGUUGCAAACAACAUUCAAUAAAGAUGAUUGAGCCCAUGAGGAAGAAUGUGUAAGAAUAGAAAGGUCUCCAAAAGGUUAGAUGGAUCCCUGUAAAGAUAGUGUAUUUGAAGUAACUUGUUUUAACUACUGCCUGAUAGAAAAGCAACAACUUUACUUACAACAGCAUCCAAAAAGAUCUGCAUUGUUUGCCCAGCAUCAGGAUAAUAGAACCUGGGUCAGAAUGGGGUUUCCGAUACAGUGGAGAUUUAAAAUAACAAAUGGUAAUAAUUCACAAUUCUGUCUGUGGGCUUGAUACGUGCCAGAUUACCAUUCUUUAAUGUACAUUGAGGCUUGUAUUCUCUUGCCAGUGCAUCAUUCUGAGAUGGAAUACUGAGCCUGCUUAGUAUAAAGGGUCUCUUGUUUUAGAAGAGGCUGCUCUUUGUCAUGCACUUGGGCAGCCGUCUUCUUAAAUCCAUGAAUCUAUGACAAACUACUGUAACUGCACACUCAGGUGAUAGCGUGGUCUGUGGAGGCCACAGUUAAGUAUAUUUUUUCCAUUGCUGAGUACUGUACCAGGCUGGAUGUGACUGCAACAGUGUUACUAUGGUUCUAUGAAACAAGAA